GUGAUCCUGAGAUACAGCACCCCCUCCACCAGUGGCCAUGACAAGUCACUCAGCUGUGCUCAGGAAGACAGGGCCUUCAGCACCUUAUUAGUGAAUGUCAGUGGGAAGUUCUUCAAAUACACCCUGAAAGGAGAGAUCAGCCCUGGCAAGAUCAACAGUGUAGAGCAGAAUGACAUGCUGAGGAAGGUAACAUUUGAUCCAGAGGUGUUUUUCAAUGUUCUGCUGCCUCCAAUUAUUUUCCAUGCUGGACACAGUUUAAAGAAGAGACACUUUUUCAGAAAUCUCAGGUCUAUUCUGGCUUAUGCCUUCUUGGGAACUGCUGUUUCUUGCUUCAUUAUUGGAAGUCUUAUGUAUGGUGUAGUGAAGCUCAUGAAGAUUGUGGGACAGCUCUCGGAUAAGUUUUACUAUACAGAUUGUCUGUUUUUUGGAGCAAUUAUCUCUGCCACAGACCCAGUGACUGUCCUGGCAAUAUUUAAUGAAAUGCAUGCAGACGUGGACCUUUAUGCACUUCUGUUUGGGGGAAGCGUCCUAAAUGAUGCUGUUGCCAUUGUCCUGUCCUCGUAAUCUAUUCUUGCCUACCAGCCAGCGGGGCUGAACAUGCAUGCCUUUGAUGCUGCUGCCUUUUUUAAGUCAGUUGGCAUUUUUCUAGAUAUAUUUAGUGGCUCUUUCACCAUGGGAGCUGUGACUGGGGUUGUGACUGCUCUAGUGACCAAGUUUACCAAGCUGCACUGCUUCCCCCUGCUGGAGACAGCUCUCUUCUUUCUUAUGUCUUGGAGUACGUUUCUCUUGGCAGAAGCCUGUGGGUUUACAGGUGUCGUAGCUGUCCUUUACUGUGGAAUCACACAAGCACAUUACACUUACAACAAUCUGUCAGUAGAAUCAAGAAGUCAAACCAAGCAGCUUUUUGAGGUAUUACACUUCCUGGCAGAGAACUUCAUCUCCUACAUGGGCUUGGCGCUGUUCACCUUCCAGAAGCACGUUUUCAGCCCCAUUUUCAUCAUUGGAGCUUUUGUUGCCAUCUUCCUGGGCAGAGCUGCACAUAUCUCCCCACUCUCCUUCUUCCUCAACUUGGGCAGAAGGCAUAAGAUUGGCUGGAAUUUUCAACACAUGAUGAUGUUUUCAGGCCUCAGGGGAGCGAUGGCCUUUGUGUUAGCCAUCUGAGACACAGCAUCCUGUGCUCUCCAGAUGAUGUUUACGACCACCCUCCUCAUCAUUUUCUUCACUGUCUGGGUCAUUGGUGGAGGCACGACACCCAUGUUGUCAUGGUUUAAUAUAAGAGUUGGCGUCGAGGAGCCCUCCGAAGAGGACCAGAACGAACUCCGCUGGCAGUACUUCAGAGUUGGGGUUGGCCCAGAUCAAGACCCACCACCCAGUAACGACAGCUUUCAAGUCUUACAAGGGUAAGAUGGUCCAGACUCUGCCAGAGGAAACCGGACAAAGCAGGAGAGUGCAUGGAUAUUUAGGCUAUGGUAUAGCUUUGACCACAAUUACUUGAAGCCCAUCCUCACGCACAGUGGCCCCCCGUUAACCACCACUCUCUCGGCUUGGUGUGGCUUGCUGGCUCGAUGUCUGACUAGUCCCCAGGUGUAUGACAACCAAGAGCCACUGAGAGAGGAAGAUUCUGAUUUCAUCUUGACUGAGGGCGACCUCACCCUGACCUACGGGGACAGCACAGUAACUGCGAAUGGUUCCUCAGCCUCCCACACAGCCUCCAUGAGCCUCGAAGGUGGCCGAAGAACAAAAAACAGCUCGGAGGAAGUGCUAGAACAAGACCUGGGAAUUGGAGACCAGAAGAUUUCAAGCCGGGGCACCCGCCUAGUGUUUCCUCUAGAGGAUAAUGCAUGACUUUCCCCCCAAACCCCUGAAGUGAUGCCCACCAAUGGGUGAGAAUGGCUGCAAGCCCCAGUGUUGUUUGAGGUAGGGUGUUGACUGAAUUGAACUAAUGCUUCUGUCUUAUUGGGAUCUGAAGAUAUCAACACCUGGAAUUUAACCCAAGAUGCAGAUGGUGGGCUAAAGUGUCUCUAAAUCAAGACAAAUGAAGACCUAUUCCCACUUUUUCACAUAGUAGUGCACUGUUUCAGAGUUAAACAAACAAAAAAGCAUGCUUUAUUGGUCUCUUAAUUCAUUCACCUGCAAUAUCUGAACAAGGUGAGGCAGGUGUUUGGGGAUUCCUCCCAGGAGAGGCUUCAUAUUAAAAUACAGCAGUGCAAGCCUAGCUUGGUCUGUAGGAUGGGAAGUUAAGGGAGAACAGGCUAGAAGAAAGAUCACUAAGAAAGGCAAUUGAGAUUGGACCUUCAAGGAUUAUGGGAAGCUGCUCUUAAAUGGGAUAGAAAAUACGAAAAAGCAGUUUGAGUGGAGGCUCUGGAGACAAAGGCUGUGUGAUUGCAACCUCAUAUCGGGAUUCCUAACUUUUUAAGCUACCUGUGUUUCCUCUAGACUGCAGAUUGGAAAAUAUAUCCAUGAAUGUUUCAACAUGGAGGAAACAAUUAGUUCCUUCUCUGGAAAUCUCCAUGAGGAAGAAGUUACAGAAAUGUUUAAAACCAAAGGCAAAAUAGUGUUAUACUCUUAUUUUUUUAAAGUAAUCUGAGGGCAGGAGGUAUAUAAAAACUGCUGUUUAGGUCACUGCAAAAAUAAUUCAACUCUGGAGGGUCAGCAUAAUGAAUUGCCUGCCUGACGUCUGAACUGGGUAUGAUAGGGAAAUGAUUAGUGGGAUUGAGAUUCAACUGUGGAUUUAGAAAUAACACCAAAAUUUGUAGGAUGCUUUCAUCUGGGGAAGAAAAGGCAACAAGAAACCUGAGAGGCAAUAGGCUGGUAUUUGGAGGAUGGCAAGAAAUCUCACUGCAAAAAAAAA